AUGAAGAUCUCAAUCAAUGUUUAUAUGGUAAUCAAGUUCAUCAAGGAACUUUCUGUGAAUCCCCUAGCUGAAACCCCUGCAAGUCAUGCUUUCCUAGAAGCUGUAGCCAAUGCAAUGCAAGAGCAAGACCAGGUUCCUGAAACCUGUAGCAAGAAGAGAAAGCAUGGUGCAGCAAAGGAAGGGGAAGGUGUCUAUGAAGUAGAGCAAUCCACCUCGCUGCUGAAAUGGAAGAAAAGCAGAAUGGACUGUCGCAAUGCUGAAGCGAAGGAUGUCAUGGUGCCUCCAAGGAAAAUCAGCAUGGAAGGACACCCGCUAAAGCAGAAGGCUCUACAGGUUGUACACCAAAAGUCUGAGAUGACACAGCACAGCCAGACAAGGGGAGGAGAUGCUAUACGGAACAUACCAAAUGCUGUGGAGGAGCCAUACAUGGGGCACAAACCAGUAUGGGAUUCGAAUGGCAUGCCCCCACCUCCUAUGCUGCUAGUGAUGCGAUGCCUAGCCAUGAUGACAACAGUUACCCAACCCGACAACCUUCAAAGGCUAGCCCAGUUGAUCAGCAACACUAUCAAGAUUGAAACAACAAAAAACACCUUCAAAGAUGAAAUCAAAGUGGACUCGCUCAAGGGUAUCAAUACCGUGCUGGAUAUCAUGGAUGGGAAGGAAGCAAUGCAUGACUUUCUGCAGCUGAAGAGUCACAAAUUGACCCUUCUCAGGAUCAAGAAGGAACACAAGAAAACAAAUGAUGGCAAGACUAUCAGUAUGGAGGAGAUAGCUCAGGACUAUGGACUGGAGGUAAACACGAUGAAGAAUCAAUACAAGGCAGGUACACGAGCAUUGUAUCUCACUGCUGGAGGCGGAAUGUGGAUAUUGCCAAUAAUAGCCAUAUUGCAUCUCAAGGCAAGGAUCAUAUACUAUUUGUCUGAUGGGAAUGAAGUCAGAGGGACAACAAAUGAGGACAUCUCUGGACUAGCAUUUGCGCUACGUGAUCCCACAGAUGAAGAUCUAGUAUGGCUGGUACAAACCAUAGUGCAGGUAUCACAGUUAUUAUCGAAAUGUUAUGCAGACCAGGAGAGCUCAAUCUUGAGCCUUCAUGCAGGAGGCAAGAGUGUACCAUUCUCUGACCUCGAGGAGAUGGAUGCUAUCCUGGACAACAUAUGUAUAAGCUAUUUCCGCUUUCCGAACAGACAAGAGAGAAUAUGGGGCAAGAUUUACGAGGAUAUAAACAAGCCCAAUGUAACUCCUGGAACACAAAUGGACUCAAGCAGCAUGUCGAAGCGGAAUAAACUGGAGAUGAAUAGUGUUCAAGAACCAUUCUCAGAGAUAACAAUAUGCCUUCUGAUAACACUGGAAAAAACAUCAUGCCCCAUCAACAGUCAAAACAGAGAGAAAUGGAUGGAGAAGGAGAGGGAAAGGGCUUUAGAGGCAAAAACUCUAGUAGGUCAAGAAGAGAGCUAUCAAGAACAGGUGGAAGAUUUCUACAAAGGAGAAACAAAACCACGGAACAAAUACCUGCUGAUUGACUCUAGCAAAAUGAAGAGUGAUGUUGCCCAUAUACUGGACACAAAGAACAAGCCAGUGGUGUCAACAACCAACUAA